AUGGGGACAGAUUGGAUUCUGCAACUUCCUUCUGAAUUACAAGAGCAGAUCAAUGCUGUCGUUCAAAAAGAUGAAUCUAGCUUAGAGGUUUUCUGUAACCUUCACGACUAUCUCAAAAGUGGAGUUGUUAAACGCAGAAAAAUACUGGAAGAAACUCAAGUAAUUCCACCAGAAACAAUCAUAUUUGAGAUUAAUCAGAUAUCCUUUGUAUCUCCUGUGAGGAAAAGGAUGAAUUUAACUUUGCAUUUGAUUCAAGAUGGGGAGACGGCAACCCCUGCCCUAUCCAUUGUCAACCCAGCAAACAAUAUUUCCGAGCACACAUUCACAGAUUUGAAAGAUGCCAUUAAAUUGUGUGCAUUUCUUCCAGUAUUGGGUAACACAACCAACCCAUCCAAGAGAGGUGUCUGCUAUUUGUGUUGCUGGAUGCAUGAUGAUUUUUACCCCGAAGAUAGCAAUGCUUCAAGGGAUCCAAUUGUUUGUCAGUUGAAUUUGGAUUUGAUCAAGAAACAAAAGGUGAAGAAUGGCGAACUCCCAGCAGACUUUGAGUCCCAAUUUUUCCAUCCCAAGAAUUCAGUGAUAUUGGAUCCAGUCCAGGAACGUAUUAUUGAUCAUUUCCAGAGACAAUUCAAGAUGUGUGGUAUUUCUGUAAUUAACUAUUUGCCAGCAACGUCCUUGUUUAAAAACACUUACUCGCUAAAUAAUGAUGACGCUCUUUCACUAACCAUUGAAGGAUCUGAGACACCCGCACUUGUAAUGGUUGAUUGUUAUAAAGGGGCAAAAGAUGGGGUGUUGAUGUUUUUGGAAGACAACUCAGUUAACCCAGCAUAUAUCAUUUUUGGGUUCAAAAAGCCGAUCCUAGUAUACCCAAUUACACGUGUUAUCAGGGCCAGUUACAGUAAUAUCACCCGUCUGACAUUCAAUUUAAACAUAUCAGUUUUGAACAGCAAGGAUGAACAAAGACACCUUGAGUUUAGUAUGAUUAGUGAAAAAUACUACCAGAUGAUUGAUGGUUUUAUCAAAUCACACGAUAUAACAGAUUCUUCGUUUACAAAUGAUGGUCACGAACUUACCAAGACCGAGCUGAUUGAAGAGCUAGCUGUAGUGGGAGAAUUCAAACCAGAGAUUCCUCCAGAAGACGACGACGAGGAUGAUGAGGAUUUUAAUGGAGGUGUUAGUGAUAGCGAUGUUGAUGAAGAGUAUGAUAGUGAUGUUCAAUCAGAUAAUGAUGGUGAUGCUGCUGCAUUUGAUGUAUCAGAAGAGGAAGAGGAAGAAGAUGGGGUUUUCAGUAAAUCGAAGGAGAAUGAAUAA